AUUAUUUAAUCCCUUUAUUAUCAUACUCGAGCAGAUUGCGCGCUGAGUCUGGUGUUAAAAAAUUAAAAAGUACAGCAAAUCUUUACACAGAGUUGUAAAUAAUACUGAGAGAGACGCGAUUCUUAAGAAAGAUCUUAAAAAAUUGCGCGGACCUUAGUAAAUCUACAAAAAUCGUUAGAAUCGAUCAAAAGAUUCGUUCGCCUUCUCUUCACGUCACGCGACACUUACGCUAAUCAGACAAAUAAAUGAACGAAUUUUUUGAUCAAAAUUAGCUUAACGGUGCUCCGCGUUCUUUUUUUUUUUGGCCGGGAUCGUAAUAGGCGAGGAUUUCAAAACGACCGCGAUGUAGGGGAGAAACGGGGAGGGGGAGGAAUAAGAGAAUCAAGUGUCAAUUUAAAUGUCAUGGGGGCUGCGAGAGAAUUACACACAGACGCUUUGCGUUUCGGAGUUACAGAAUUCUCUCUACUGUCUCUUCACCUCCGUCCUCCUGCUCUCUCGAAUCGAACACCGCCCAGGUUCCCCUCUCUCUCUCUCUCUCCCCUACGCGGCAUCGCGAUGAAAUUGUCGUUGGUAAAAAAAUAUGACUGCGCACGCAUGAUCGAGCAUGUAUCUCGCGAGACAAUCCGACGGCAACGGGCUCGGCGAAUCGCAAUCCGCGGUAGACGGCAGCGUUAACGUUAUCGGGAACGGGCAGCGGCCUGAGUCGACCGGCAGGAGCCAGCAGCCUCGGUCUCGGCCGCAACUGCAGUCGCAAUCGCAGCUGCAGUCACAGUUGCAGUCGCAGCUGGCACCGCCGUCGUUGACGACAACGGCAACGACGUCGACGAACACGCGAGAUCGGGAAACGGAUCCGAUGCGACAGCAUCCUAGCGCGUGGAGAUUGCGGGACGACGACAACGACGAGGACAACGAUGACGAUGACGGCGACGAGAACGAGGAGGAGCAGCAAGUGGAUGACAACUUCUCCGCGGCGACGGAAAGACGCGCGCCACCGAGGAUGAUCCUGGUCGGCUGGGACAGCUUUCGCACGAGGCUGCUGCUAUUCCUGAUCGCGUGCCUUCUCGUCUGGGCCUGCGUCUUCUUCCCUCUGCUCGGCACCUGAAUCCCCGGCACUCUCCCUCUCGCCACUCCUCCUCCGCCUCCUCCUCGUCCUCCUCAUCCUCUCCUCCACCCUGUCUCUGUCUCGUCCCACAGUCGCGAAAUGACACAUCAAGUUACACUUACAAGUUCGACACGACGAUUCGAUGCGGCGACAUUCAACACGAUCACACAUACAUACUUUCACGCGUUUACAUUUUGCAUAUAUAUUAUAUAUAUGUGUGUAUAUAUAUAUAUAUAUAUUACGUCCAAUAUAUAUAAUAACUUUACAUUUUUGGUAUUCGGUAUUUACAUGCUAUUAUAUUGUUUUAAUCAUAAAUAUAUUAAAUUUACGUAGUGGCCUUUCGCGGAGAAGUGAUUAAACGGCUCAUCUCCGAACCAUCUUAAAAUUCAUUUACUUCUCUCCUCCUCCUUUUUUUUUAAUAGAAAUCGUAAUCGCUCAUUGCAAGAUCUCUCCAUGGCUUUUAUGCACAUACGUGUCUCCACAAUUACGCUCAAUAUUUUCCUUCUUAAAUAAAUUAUCGACGAACGCGUGUCGCGGUUUAAGACGGCUUGAAAAUGGCUCCUCGGUUGCGAGAGACACGGAGAGGACUCGAAUCCGCGUUCUCCGUCGCUCCCACACCCGAUCAAGUUCCCGCAAUUAUUACGCGAUAUUACUAAUGUCGAUUACUACCCUCCGUUGGUUUCGAAUCAACCGCAAAAAAAAUCCGCACCGAACGUCCGCCGCGCGCGCGCGACCCCCAUCGAUAUUAUACGCUACAUAUACUUUUAUUUUACGGAACACUUUCGUUGUGUAGCAUGUCGUUAAUAUGUGUAUGCCGUUGUUCUUUUCUUUUUUUCUAUUUUUUUUUGUCUUACGUGCUUGCGGUGGUAAACGUACUCUCGGUUUCGCAGUCGUUCGCUCUAGAUGAGAGUAAUAUCGUAAGUAGCGUCUAACACGUAUGUAGUUCCUACAACACGGGGACGAGUCGACGGAGACGGAGUCGUUUAAGCAUCUCCCGUGAAUUCGAAAGGUAAGGAAAAAAAAAAAAGAAAUAUGUGGAACGCAACGCCGGAGGUGGUUCUAGAUACUUCUUAACGUUACACGAGGGUCGUUUUGUCGCCGACUCGACAGUGCGUGUUUCGCAGGGUAGGUGACAGAGAAAUGCAAUUGGUUGAAAAUAUAAAAACAGAAAUUAUAUAUAUGAUUAACCAACGUUUUCUUCAUCAAUUAAUGGGUAUGUAUAUGCUCUACACACCCUUACCGUCUUUCAAAUCCUUUCAAAUUCAAGGGCGAGUGCUUCGAACGUACCACCUCCGUCGACUCGGUCCCCCC